GCCGCGUCUCACUGAGGAAGCUCCUGUCAGCUCGCUGAUCCCCUUGCCGGCUUCCCUGCCCCGCGAUUUUCGCGUGAGUUCAGAGGCUGAGGGACAACAAAAAUGGCGGAACGAAGCCAGACGGCGCCUGAGGCAGGCAAUGAUCUGGGGAGUGAUGAUGCCAUUGGAGGGAAUGUGAGCAAAUAUAUGGUGCUUCCAUCUGGAUAUUGUGGACAGCCCAGGAAAGGACAUCUUGUCUUUGAUGCUUGCUUUGAAAGUGGCAACCUUGGACGGGUGGACCAAGUCUCUGAGUUUGAGUAUGAUCUGUUCAUUCGGCCUGAUACCUGUAAUCCACGGUUUCGAGUCUGGUUCAACUUUACUGUUGAAAACGUGAAAGAAUCACAGAGAGUCAUCUUCAACAUUGUUAACUUCAGCAAAACUAAGAGUCUUUAUAGAGAUGGGAUGGCCCCUAUGGUGAAAUCUACCAGCAGACCAAAAUGGCAACGGUUGCCACCUAAAAAUGUUUACUACUAUCGCUGCCCAGACCAUAGGAAGAAUUAUGUGAUGUCCUUUGCAUUUUGUUUUGACCUAGAAGAAGAUAUUUACCAAUUUGCUUACUGCUACCCAUAUACCUACACUCGCUUCCAGCAUUAUCUUGACAGCCUGCAGAAGAGAAAUAUGGAUUACUUCUUCCGGGAGCAGCUGGGUCAGAGCGUGCAACAGCGGCAGCUUGACCUCCUGACAAUAACCAGCCCAGACAACCUUCGGGAAGGAGCAGAGCAAAAGGUGGUAUUCAUCACAGGAAGGGUCCACCCAGGAGAAACACCAUCUUCAUUUGUAUGCCAAGGGAUCAUUGACUUCCUCAUAAGCCAGCACCCCGUUGCUCGUGUGCUACGGGAGCACCUGGUCUUCAAGAUUGCACCGAUGCUCAACCCUGAUGGGGUCUACUUGGGCAACUACAGGUGCUCUCUAAUGGGGUUUGACCUGAAUCGCCACUGGCUGGACCCCUCUCCAUGGGCUCACCCCACCCUGCAUGGAGUGAAACAGCUCAUCGUCCAGAUGUACAAUGACCCCAAAACAAGCCUGGAGUUUUAUAUUGACAUCCACGCCCACUCCACCAUGAUGAAUGGCUUCAUGUACGGCAACAUCUUUGAGGAUGAGGAGCGGUUCCAGCGGCAGGCUGUGUUCCCCAAGCUCCUCUGCCAGAACGCUGAGGACUUCUCCUAUUCCAGCACCUCCUUCAACCGUGAUGCCGUGAAGGCAGGAACUGGCCGCCGUUUCCUUGGGGGGCUGCUGGACCACACUUCCUACUGCUACACCCUGGAAGUCUCCUUCUACAGCUACAUCAUCGGGGGCACCACGGCUGCCGUGCCCUACACCGAGGAAGCCUAUAUGAAGCUGGGGCGGAAUGUGGCAAGAACAUUUCUGGAUUAUUACCGUCUAAACCCCAUGGUUGAGAGAGUGUCCAUUCCCAUGCCAAGGCUGAGGUGAAGAGAAUUGCCUGUGGUCAGAAGGAAAGAAAAACCCCCUCCCUACAAGCACCCACUCCUGCGGGGCCCAGCCGGCAACCACCCCAAUGGCAAAGGGGACAAGAAGAGCUCAGUGAACCACAAAGGCCCUUCAAAUUCUUUUUAAAGACCUGAGCUUUGGGAAGGUCUUGUGGCAUCAGGAGCAUGG